AUGCAAUUAUUGGGUCCGGAUGUUAAAUGGACUAUCGGGUAUGUUAUAUUUUUCUCAUGGAUGUAUUUAUUCCAUGCACCAUUUCGUGUUCAUGCGAAUAGUCGUACGGACUGGUAUGCCCAGGUAACGAAAGUUCUUCAAACUUGGUUUGGUGUAGUGGUAUUGUUUUUUCACGCGGGUCCAAUUUUUUUACAAACGAGGCGUACAAAUGCACAAGGAUCGAGUGUUAGUAAUGAUGUUGUGGCUACAGUGUUUUUUCCUACCUUUUGUAUAAAUACACUUAUUAUCUUAUAUGUACAUAAGAGAAAACGAGUCUGGCAUUUACGUUUAACGUAUGGAUCUACUGUGGCUAUUCUUCUUUUGAAUGCUCUAUUACUUUCCUUAUUUUCAACUGUACAUUAUGGGUAUUGCAUGCAAUUGCAAGAACGUGUUUGGCCAUUGUGGGUGGGUUUUGCAGUAGAGCUGUUAUGCCCAGUAUCAGCAAAACAGGCUCCAUUCUUAUCUUUAAUAAUGUUGAGUAUAUUAAAUGUUCUUUUUAUUACGUUGGAUUAUCAGUAUAAAAAGCUUCGUGGAUUUGAUCCACUUCGAGGUUUAUUAUGGAGUGAGGAGUUUAAUAUGCGAAAGGAGUUUUUUAAUGUCUCUCCUACUUCUGAAAAUAAUGGUGAUUGGAGGAAAAUGGAGCCUACACCGCUUCGUAUUAGCAAAAAAAAGCAAAAUAAAUCUAUGAAUUCUAAAGAACGACCUAAAUUGAGUUUUGCUGCAUCAUCAGAGGAGAUAAAACUUCUUUUAUCUGGUGUGUGUCCAGUAAACCGUCCUGGUAUGGUUCCAUGGUUUUCAACAUUUAUUGCCGGUACUGCAUUUCAAGCAGUUUUGGGGGCAAUGUUAAAUUUUCUAACGUUUGAUCAGCGUGGUGUAGAAUUACAUAUUACUCCCAAGGUGUUUUAUCUUUCUUUUGUGAAUAAGUUGUGUACACCUUCUACUCCAUGUGAUUCGGAUCCUUCUGGUCGUUUUUUAACUGUGGAUACUGGAUCAUCUGAUACCUCUCUGGUGGAUCAAGAAAGUGAUGUAUGGUUUGAUUUCAUUGGAGAUGUUGGCGAUGGAUUUAACUCCACUUAUGAAAUGGCACGUUUACUGGCUCAACCGGUUUUAGUUUUACCAUCAAAGGAGACACGCGUGAAACGGGUAAAACGACGAGGUCAAGCCAUUUCCAGAGAACGACAUUCAAGUACAGUUGUGCGUGCGCCUUCUUUACCACCACCCAAGCGUCGUCCUUUCACACCUCCACCGGAAGUACAAAAAAGAGCACCAGGAACUACACUAAUGUUAGAUGAUUAUAAACCAGCGGAUUAUCAUUAUCUUCCACGUGCUUCUUUUGUAAUUAUAGGAGGAGAUUUGGCUUACCCAAACCCUACAGAUGAAACCUAUCAAACACGGUUAAUAGAACCUUAUGAUGAUGCUCUUCGAGGUUCUAAGGAACUUCGUGAAUUAAUGAGAGAUCAACAAGAAGAAAUAGUAGUCCGUAGUAAGUUAAAUAAGGAUGUUGCUCAUAUUUGUAUGCUUUCUGCUUCAAAAGUAGAAACUCUGGUGCGUCAGCGGAGUUUAAAAAGUGUGUCUUACAGUAUGGAAGAAGUUUUACGUAGUGUACCACUUUUAUUCGCUAUUCCUGGAAAUCAUGAUUGGUUAGAUGGGCUCGUAACUUUUAAAAAAUAUAUAGAAGAAGAAUCUUGGAUAGGAGGAUGGUUUAUGCCUCAAAAAAGUUCUUAUUUUAUUUUAGUACUUCCUUUUAAUUGGUAUUUCAUAUGUGGAGAUAGUGGAAGUACAGCUGAUAUUGACUCUGCACAACGAAAUUAUUUUAUUGAUUUUAUUGAUAGAAACCUUGAUGAAGAAUCAUGUGUUAUUCUAACAUGUCAUGAACCUGCAUGGAUAUAUGAAGCUAUGAUAAAAGGAAAAACAUCCCCUAUGCAACCUCAAUUAAAUAAAGUUAUUGAUACCCUUGGUACACGUUUAAGAAUGCGAAUAUGUGGAGAUAUUCAUAAUUAUUCACGUCAUACGCCUGCUGAUGCACUUUCUGAAGCUCCUACACUUGUUGUUAGUGGAGGAGGUGGUGCCUUUUUACAUGGAGCUCGUAAUGACAAGGUUAUUUCACAAGGAACAGAGUAUAGACGAUCAUCAGCAUUUCCAGCACGAAAUGAAUUAACAUCAAUACUUCCUCGUCUUAUUGGUUUUCGUCUUAUUAAUUGGAAAUUUGACGUUAUUGCUGGGUUUCUUUCUUUUGGUCUUAUUAUGUCUGCAUUACCUCUUACGAUGCAAGAUAAACGUAUGCAAGGAGUAACAGAAGUUUCUCAAUUUGCCGCAGGUGUUAUUGAUUUAACAUUAGAACUUUUCUUUUUUACAUUCAGUAAGGCUUAUAUAUCCCUUAUUCUUGUUUUCUUCUUCUUUGGAGUAUUCUUCUCUGCCGGUGCAGAUCGAAGGAGAAUUGUUUUUCGCGCCAUUUAUGCAGCACAAUGGACAAUUCUUGUAGUCUUUUGUUCUACUGGUAUGCUAGCAAUGGUACAGGGAACUAUUGUUUAUAUGAAAAAUAAACAUCUCCUUCUAUCAGGAAAAGGAAAAUGGGGAAGUAUGAUGGAAGUUCAAAUGCGUAAUUCUACAGAUGCAUUCCUAAAUCAUACUAUAUCAUUAAUAGGUGAAGGUCAUUUUCUCUCAUCUGGUAUAAGAAAAGUGCAACAGGCAGCUUAUGGAAGUAUGUUUGUUGAAACCUUUUCUCUUUUGAUGCGAAGUCUGGACGUUUUAGAAAAUUUUGCAUACCUUUCAGAACAUGUUAGUAUGAAUAAAACAGGUACAUUUUCAGAAACGACCGAUCGUACACAUAUAGCUUUAUACUAUUUGCAUCUUAUAUUGAUUUAUUGGAUUUUAGUGACACCACUUAUUUCCUUUGUUAUUGGUGUAUUUCUGUUUGUAUCUGUGCAUUUUUUUGAUUUCUUAUAUGAUGCAGCUUAUUCUUCCUUCCAAAUAGAGGGAUAUAAACACUUUGUUCGUUUUCGAAUUGACAAGGAAACGAGAGAACUACAUGGAUACGUAAUAACAGAGAGACAUGUGCCAAAGGUAUGGGAACGGGAUUCAAAGCACGUGAAUGAACUUACAAAUGUGGAGAGUAAAGAUCUUCCACCGCAUUUGUAUAGAUGGCCUAGUCGAUGGAAACCAGUUCAUGCGCCUGAGAGGGAGUCUGUCGCGGAAGUACUUGAGCAUUUUGUAGUGAAGCCGCACCGAGUACUAGGAGCCACUAAAAAGAUAUAA